AUGUCACCACUUUCAAAUGUAUUAUUGAGUAAUGAUCAUUUAAGUGAUGAUGAUAUUUUGGCACUUAGUUCAGCUCAUCAUUCAUUACGAGUAGCAAUUAUAUUUCUUAUCGUAGUUGUUAUCAUUUUUGUUAUCAUGCAACUUAUCAAAUUAGCCUGUCAAAUUAUGGCAAUUCGUCGUAAAGCUGAUAAGCCUUUUGAUAGCAAAAUUCCCGAAAUAAAAGUACAUACGAAGCCACAAAGAAGAAAAAAAUUGAAACAUUCAUUACCAAGUAAAGAAAUGAAAAUUCAAUUAUCAUUAACAAAUGAACAAGACGAAAGAGAUAUUGCAUCUGAUGAUCGUGAAAUAUAUGCUACAAAAAAAGCAAUUAAAAAAACGGAAUUUUCAGUACCUCAAAAUAAAAUAACAAAUGUGACAGAAGCAAAUGUUAUCAUGAUGCAUGAUCAAAUGCAACAUUCAUCAGAUGAACUUGAAACAACAGAUAUUAAAGAUUCAUUAACACUUACCGACUCAAAAAGUCAAACAUUAUCAACACCAACUAUUAUGCAAAAGUCAUCAUCAACAUUUCCAAUAUUAAAAGCUCAAGAUUCAUUAAUGAUUGUUAAUAAACAAACAUGCUUACAACCUGCUCAUAGUGCUGAGCAAUUAAAUUCGGAAACCGGAAUGAAAGAUAAGCAAUCAACAAUUUUGGAAGGAGCUAAAGCAGACGAUUCAUUAAUGAUUGUUAAUGAACAGAAACCAUUGCAACCAGCUGAUAGUGCUGAACAAUCAAAAGCAGAAAAAGCAAAUAUUAAUCAACAAAAGGAAAUUGAGUUAUAA